AAGAUGGUUGGCUGCGUUUGGCGUCAGGAACCUUUCACAUAUAGCUCCUCCCUCUCAUUUUUAACUAGGCUAAGCUGUAGUGAGGGCAAAGAGCCAGGCAGCAGCAGAGCGGUGACCGUCUCAUUUUCUUGCUGCAGUUAUGGCGGCGCCGUUAGCGCAGUUUGAUGAGGACUGGCAGGACUUUUAUGAAUUUAAACCGGCCUCGGGUAAGCAAAACCGUCUUGAUCAAGUGAACUCCAAUGUUGGGGAAGCCCCGGGGCUCCUGGAGGAUUUUUCUGAGCUCGACAAUAGCUUCUCCGGAGAGAUCGGUAGCUUCAAAUCCAUGGAGGACUUGGUGAACGACUUCGAUGAGAAACUGACAGUGUGUUUCCGAAACUACAACACCAAGACCGAGAACAUAGCCCCAGUGAAACCUAUUACAGAGGAGAGCAUCAUGAAGGACGACGAAAUCUGGAAUGCCCUGACAGAUAAUUAUGGCAAUGUGAUGCCGGUUGACUGGAAGACAUCCCAUACACGUUCUCUUCACCUACCCACACUCAAUUUGAUGGAAAAAAGGAUAGUGGACAAUGUAAAUCUGGAUCUGUCGGAUGACGAGGAACUAAGGGAGCAGCUGGAUAUGCACUCUAUUAUUGUGUCCUGCAUAAAUGAUGAACCACUCUUCACUGCAGAACAGGUAAUUGAGGAGAUUGAGGAAAUGAUGCAGGAGUCUCCUGAUCCUGAAGAAGAUGAGACUCCCUCUCAGUCUGAUCGUCUUUCCCUGCUUUCGCAAGAGAUUCACACUCUGAAGAGAUCUAGCACUAACAACAGCUACGAGGAACGGGUGAAGCGACUUUCGGUUGCAGAGCUGAAUGAAUUGCUGGAAGAAGUGGAGACAGCCAUUAAAGACUAUUCUGAGGAGCUGAUCCAACAGCUGGCGUUGCGUGAUGAGCUGGAGUUUGAGAAGGAGGUCAAGAACAGCUUCAUCUCUGUGCUUAUUGAAGUGCAGAACAAGCAGAAGGAGCACCGUGAGCUGCUCAAGAAGAAGAAGAAACUGAAGAGUACCACUUCCCAGAAUGGCAAAUCAGAACGGAGCCACAUGCCUGGAACACGCUUCAGCAUGGAGGGAAUUUCCACUGUCAUUCAGAAUGGCUUCCGCCAAACGUUUGGAAACUCAGGUGGAGAGAAACAGUAUUUGACCACAGUCAUUCCUUAUGAGAAAAAGGGUGGACCUCCAUCAGUUGAAGACCUUCAGAUCCUCACCAAAAUUCUUCAUGCCAUGAGGGAGGACAGUGAGAAAGUGCCAAGUUUACUUACAGACUACAUCCUAAAAGCAUUCGUGUGACAAUCUGGACAGAGUUCUGUGUCCUACAUAAAGGAAAGAUGCAACUUCCAGGUGGAGGCGGAGAUUCUGGGGCUCUAAGGAUGGAAUUAUUUUGUUUCCAUGACAUGAGAUGGACUCAUUUUAGCAACUUUAUUCCCCCAUUGGAACUUUCACGUUGCCUAGCAUUUCUCGCUUUCCAUUCAUAGUAACUGUGUAGAUCAUUUUUAUUUUAGCCUAUAACUGAAACAUCCUCCAUGUUAUUCCAUCAGACUAAUUAGAAAGCAGUAGAGGUAGCUGCCAUUCUGUAGACUUCAGCAUCCUCUGUGGGGAUCAACAAAGAACAUAGAGAACACAAAAAGAACAGUUGUACAGUUUUAACAAGGAGUGUUGUUUUUAGAAGUGAUUCAAUUAUUUUUACAAUGUGUAGAAGAUAGAAAUAAUUUGUUCCCUUUCCCUUUUGCGGAAAGGGGAACUGUAAACUGCUGUGUGUAAUUUUAGCAUUUGGUGACCCUACCAACUCCUGGGUUUAAUAAAAUUAGUCCACGUUGGUGGGGUAAAUCAAUUAAAACUUAAACACUUAAAAAGGGAUCUUAUAGCUAUUAGCUUCUACAAAGAGGUAAUGUCUGAAUGUUUUACUACAGUGUCCAAAUUCUAACAUUGUAAGCAUUAUUCAUACUGGAAUGAUUCAAGAAUCACCCUGAAGAAAUAUCUUCAGCUCAGCUUCAAGCUGUGAUUUCAGGAUUUCAUGAGCAAGCUUCAGUUAGGUUAAAGUCCCACAACAGAAAUCAUCAGGGGCUAAAAUCCAAUGUAUGUUCUUCCUUAUUUAAGUAAUAAGGAAGUAAUAAUUCAAGAUCUGAAAAGAGGACAGUAUUAGUUUUUUUUUAAAGAAAUAGUUCAGAUAGGUAAAAAUAAUUCCAGUGGAAUGAAAACCAUAACAAAACUUGUGGCAAUCAGAGACCUAAGUCCACUGCUUAAAGUGAGUGAAUGAUCUUUAAAGUUGUGCCGUUAAUGAAUGUUAGUGGUAUAUUCUUUGCAUGAACUAAUGUUCAAAGCUCCCUUCAGUUUGGCCCUGCACCAGACUUGUGAUCUGUACUGUACUGUUCAAUGGUGAAAUGCUUCAGCUGUCUUUCAAUAUAUAACAACCACUGGCAUGCAUGUAGUGUGUAUUCAGAUGGUGUCAUUGUAAACAUAAUAACAGAAACUUUAGUUCUAUAUCAAACCUUUUAUCUGUUCUGUACAAAUAAAUUACAAAGGUAGUGUAGACUUCAUCAUGAAAGAAAACAAAACUAUAAUCUGUAAUCAUAUAAUCAUAUACAAUUUCAUUUUAGGGCAAAGUUAGGCAUGUUAAUAUCGUAAUACCUGACUGCCAAGUAGUGUUUAUAUAAUAUAUAAACAGUUGGGUGUUAUUAACACACCUAGCUUUUUCAAAAUGGCUCUAAAAUGUAAAGUUACAUUGAAGUUGUUGCCACUUUGUUACUGAAAAAAGGAACAUACUCAUGGAUCAAGGGUAUUUCUCAGUACUGAAAGCACUAUGUCAAACAUUCACACAGAUACAUAUAGACUCUACAAAUAUUUCUUUUAAAAUUUUAAAACAAGGAUUGUAAUGCACUAAUCUGUUUUAUCAAAGUUGCUUGGCACUGUGUAUUGUGUAACCUAGCUAUUCUAAUUGAAUUCGGUAUCAUGUCUUCUAUGACUGUAUAUAUUUGAAUAUCCAAAUGGUGAAUUUAAUUCAAAAAGACCAACAGGCUCAGAACCUUUCAGUCUCUGUAACAUCCCUGGUGUUACUGAUGCACAAUAUGCAAGUGGCUGUAGACAGUUUGUGCUCCAGUUGUGAAAAAGAAUACAUGCUUCCACUGCCAAGAAGGUGGAUCUUAGCAAUAUGAUGAAAGAAGACAAAACUAUAAUCUAUAAUCAAGUACAUACAUAAAAGUACUUAGUUGACAAAUCAGCAUGCUUUAGAAAUAGAAAAUAUAAAAUACAUGAUACAUGAGAUUUUAGAUACACUAAAACGUCUUUAAUCUUAGUUUCAAUAAUUAUUGGUACACCUGCUAUGCAAGCACUUUCUAUAGUAAUAGUGUCUUAACAAGCUUUGUUAUGGUUAUAUUUGACUAUUUUUUUCUUAUCUUAAGCCCAAAAUGCAGAGCCUUUAAUCUUUUAAGCUUUGAGGGGUGUUGUUCUUAAUUUCCUAUAAUUGCCUAAUGGGCCUCAAUUUGAAUAUACAUUUGUUAAACUGUCUAAUCUGUCUAAACUGUCUAAUCUGAAGGGUUCGUAUGUCAAGCAUAUCUGCUGUUUGUUUGAAUAUGAAUCACCUACUGUAUUUGAUAGGCUUUUCAAUACAGUGGUCAAUGUGAAGAAGAAUCAAUUGAUGCUUGGUCCAGAUCUCAAACUACUCAAGAGUAGCUUUAAAUAUGCUGCUUAUAAAGCAUGAGCUGGCAAACAUAUUAUUGAUGAUUAAAAAAAAAUCCAACCCACUUUUGUAGGUGAGAUAUGGAAAUGAGGCAUUGCUAUUGCAUGGCAGACUCAAACAAUCAGUCCAUUGGAUACGUUUAGGAGGGGCAGUGGUAUAAUACUACUAAGGUGCUUACUCUCGUGUUUUAGAUAUCCAUGUACUCAAGGAAUUUUAAUGCUUGUGUUUUUGAAGAAUUUUCCCCAUGAAAUGUAGUUCUUUUUUUAUUUAACAAGACCAUGUUGUGAGAUUGAUAACAGCAGCAUUUCAAAGCAGUGGUUGUAUAAGGGUUUGAAGUCUCAUCACUUUUGGAGCUGACAUCAAUUUAUUUGAUACAGGGCCUUCUUCCACAAGUUGCAUUUGUGUUAUCAUACAACAUUUUAGUGAUGUUAAUUAAUGCACAAGAACAAGUGACAAAGGCCAAAGAAUACAAACUGGAAAUGUAUCCUUAAUACAUAUUACUGUGCAUUGUUAAUACCCUUGGCUAAUAAUUCUCAUAAUUUGAAUCCAAAGUGCGUACACAGUACAAGUCAUCAUAAGGCUAAGCCAUAGCUUGUGAAACUGUAGCUAGUGGUCCAUUUUAGUUUCAAGCUUGUGUAUUAAAUUGUAAUGUAUUUCUUGAACAUGUAGGCCAUGUGUGGACAGUUAAGUUGUAAGUUGUACAACCAUUGAUGACUCAACUUCGUGUAAUGUGGUAGCCGGCUUUAUUUUCUUUAGCAGUGUUUCGGAUUUGCCUUUAACAGGAUUUUUUCCAAUUUUUUGUUUAUUUUUAUUCCUGAACACAACACUGGGCUUUGCCUGAAAGAAGUUUAUCACUGAGAUGCUGCCACUCCAUCCUUGGCUGUUGAGAGUCAUGUGCAAUAAAUGUUUUGUUCAUUCAAGCUCCAGGUCCACCAGCAUUCCUUAUAACCUCCUGAAUGAUGAUUGUUAUGAUGUAGAAAUAACUGCCUGAAGCCUGACUGUUUUAAUAGAUUUAAAAGUUAAUCAUACUCAUACUAAAGAAAGCAUAUACAUUCAUUCAUGUGGGUUGAUCCUCAAACAUUGUCUAAGUGGCAAGAGUCUUUGGAGAUGGAACUGCACUCUAAGAAACCAUAACAUUACUUGUUUACACAAUUAAAUUGUGUCAUGUGUGCUGAAUUGAUUGAAGGUCUCCUUGGAUGCCAGAUAAGUGACCGGGUUUAACUUAAUAUAUAGCGAAAUGUAAUAAUUGUUAUAUUGUUAGUCAUUAGUAGAGGAUCUACUACUAAUGUUUCUUUCUACUAAGGUUGACAUUUGCAGGUCUGCCCAAAUAUAAUUUCUUCAUUUAUGUUCUUUUUAAAUACGUCCCUCUGUGUCAUCUAUUAAAUCUGUUGUGUCUGUGUCAGAUAUACACUAGAGAAUGAUUCAUGUUUAUCUUCUAAAUUAAAAUGACAAUUUAUUACAUUAAAUAUGAUAUUUAAUGUUCUUCUAUUGCAAGCUUUGAAAGCUCUACCCUUGUUGCUGGUAUCUGCUGCAUGUUUUUAUUGUUCAGAAAUAAUGAAGGGAUAUUUCAGCCAUAGCAGUAUUUCUUAAAGCCUAGACCUCAAAAGUAGGUUUCUAUUGUGCUUUGGAAACAUUUUUUUAAAAUCUUUAAACAGUUUUUAAGAAGUGGCCAAGACAAAUCACACUUAAGGUUGAUCUGCAUGUUGAAUUUUUCAGCAGUUCACCAAGACAUAUCAGCCUCCUUUGCCAGACAUUGAUGCUAGGGAUUGCAUACAAGAACUGUAUUAGGGCUGCCUUUGUCAAUGCCUGAACGUAUGUAAAUAGAACUUAAACAUUAUUUUUAAUGCAACAUGACUUCUUUGUUCUUGUUUUUAGCCUAAUUUGUCUAUAAAUUUAUUCUGUAAAUGUUUCCGUUUUGUAACCUUGAUUGUCUGGAGUACACAGUUUCUUUCUUACCAGAGUCUAAUGCAGAAUAAAAAGGAGAAAUAGUUAAUUUUC